AGAUGAGUAUAGAAAUCAAUGAUAUUGUACACAAAUUAGUGAUGGGAAUUCCAGAUCUUUUUAUAGAGCCAGUUAAUUUGGAUCAGCAACAGGAGCUGGCUUUCGGCUCCCAAACGGCUCUUCAUUUAUUACGACUUCAAAGAACAAGGACAAAGGACAAGGACAAAGAACCUUGUGCCACAGUGUGUUAGGGCAGUGGUUUUCAAAGUGGGGGCCGCCAGGGGCUGCCCGAGGGGCCUCAACAAUUAGGUGUGCCCAUCCCUCCCACUAGUAUGUUUUUUCUUUCUCACUCUCAGACAACCCACACACACAAUCAAUUCCUAAUGUAAUGUAGAUGUAACCCACAUUGAAUUAUCACCAAUAAAUAAUUCAUAAAAUGCAUAAAUAAGCUAAUCAGUUAAAACACAUACAUGUAAGAAACAAUUACGAAUGGUCAAAAACAGUUUGACAGUGAUUUAAUGGAAACAAAUAGAAGUAUGGCUGUAAGGAAUUGUGGUGACGCUUCCCCUUUAAGAGACUCAUUGGCCCAUUUUGAAGCAGCACUGAGCAGAGAGCGGAGAGGAGAAGCAGACAGACUAACAAGCUAAGAAGUUAAAACCUUUUGUGAAGAGUUGAUUUAGAAGCUCAAAAACAAUACUUACCUGCUUGGGCAUUUAUGAAGCUUAAAUACAAGAAAACCACAACGUUUUUGGUCAGGUUUUUUCGUUGUUGUUUUUGUUUUUGUACCUGUUUGAAAUUGGACUUUGGUCUGCCGCGUGUGGGGACUAAGCACACAUACACAGACACGGGAUACAAGAUGGCGAGCCAAACCCAUGGACAAACUUUCUAGAGACAACUCGGCUUCUUCGUGCCAGAGAGGAUCUGCUGUGUAUGAUGGGACGCCGGUAAACUCGCUGCCAGAGCGGUAGGAGUGUUGGGACUAAUUUUUUUCCUUGGAACUGAACUGAACUGAACUGAACUGAACUGAGCUGAACUGAACUGAACUGAACUGAGCUGAGCUGAGCUGAACUGAGCUGAACUGAACUUGAAGGCUUUUUGAUGCCAAUUUCCAGAGUGAUAUCGUUUGCCGUAUCCAAGGGGACAUCUGAUGCUCGGGCUUUGGAACUACGCACCUGCCACACACUGAGAGCCAAGUGCCACUCAACUGUAUCCUCUGCGUCACAUGCCUUCACUAGCAGAACGCUGCGGGUUACAAGAAUGACCGAACGCUAAAAUCACACGCACAGACAGUGGAAAUGCCGCGCCCAAAAACUGGCAUCGCUGCAAGUCUGGAUGAUGUUGGGAUCGAGAUAGAUGCCGAGUUAGACAGUGAUGAGGACAUCAACAGGAGACCAAGAAGUGCAAGAAGACCCAGACCUGCUGCUCGCAGAACGCAAGCAAAACCAGCAGACAGUGACGAUGAUGAGGAAGAUGAAGCCCCUCGCCAAAGAAGAGGAAGAAGGAAGAAAGAUGACAAUUCCGAGGAUAACCAGAGCGGGAGACCCCGUGGUCGGAGGAAAGCAGCCAACAGAAAGAAGACCAAUGCCAUGGCUCAGGACUCUGAUGUGAACAGUGAAGAGGACAAAUGGAGCAAGAAGAAAGGAAAAGGAGCGACCAAGAAAGAAAAAGAGGAAGAGAACAAUACAGAGAAUACUGGAAAAGGAGCAAGUAAAGAUGGGAAAGAAAAGGGAGAUGACAAAAAGAAAAAAGGAGAUGGUAGCGGCUCAUCUGCCGAGUCAGACGCCGAGUCCCUAUCAGAGGGCGAAAUGGCUCGGCUAAAAGAGGAGGUCGAAGAAAAGAAGAAACUUAUUGCCACACUCCGAAACAAACCAUGGAGGAUGAAAAAAAGACUGGGGAUUUUGAGAGAGGCACAAGGAUUCGUAGAGAAGUUUGAAGGUGCUUUGGGCAAAGGGAAAGGGCGGAAGCUCUACGCCUUCAAAGUCAUGAUGGCCAAGAAAUUGAUCAAGUUCAAUCGUGACUUUGACAACUUUAAGACAGCAUGCAUUCCAUGGGAGAGGAAAAUCAAAGAAGUAGAAAGUCACUUUGGGUCAUCUGUAGCCUCCUACUUCAUCUUCCUCAGGUGGAUGUAUGGUCUCAACCUCGUCCUCUUUGGCCUCAUGUUUGGGCUUGUUGUCAUUCCUGAGGUCCUGAUGGGUUUGCCGUAUGGCUCCAUCGCCAGGAAAACAGUCCCUAGAGAGGAGCAGCCCACCGCUAUGGACUUCUCAGUCCUUUUUGAAUUUGGAGGCUACUGCAAGUACUCUGUUCUCUUUUAUGGCUACUAUAAUAACCAGAAUACUAUUGGAUUACUUAAAUUCCGUCUACCCUUGUCCUAUUUCCUAGUUGGAAUAGGAAUAUUCGGCUACAGCCUGUUGGUGGUGAUAAGGACGAUGGCAAGAAAUGCCAAGGAAGGAGGUGACGGAGCAGAGGAGAGUGACUUUAUCUUUUGCUGGAAACUGUUCACUAGUUGGGAUUACCUCAUCGGAAACCCAGAGACAGCGGACAACAAGUAUGCUUCCAUCACAACUAGCUUCAAGGAAUCUAUAGUGGAUGAGCAGGAGAAUUUGAAGGACGAAAACAUUCACUUGACGAGAUUUCUGCGUGUUCUUGCUAAUUUACUGAUCCUGUGCAGCCUGGGAGGGAGUGGAUAUCUUAUCUACUUUGUGGUGAAAAGAUCACAAGAUUUUGCUAAACUGGAACGCAAUCAGUUAUCCUGGUAUCAGAAAAAUGAGGUGGAGAUUGUAAUGUCUCUGUUGGGUUUGGUGUGUCCACCUUUGUUUGAGACCAUCGCUGAACUGGAGGAUUAUCAUCCUCGGAUCGCCCUGAAGUGGCAGCUGGGCCGCAUCUUUGCCCUGUUCCUGGGAAACCUCUAUACCUUCCUGUUUGCCCUUAUUGAUGAUGUCAAUGAGAAGCUGGAGAAGGAGAAACUGAUAAAGAAUGAAACCGACUGGGCUCUAAACCAGUACUAUGCUAACUACACACUGUAUCACAACGUGACAGAGAAUAUUCCCCCACCAGACAUCUCACCUGCUGAUGUUAUCAGGGGUCCUUGCUGGGAGACCGAAGUGGGAAUUGAGUUUGUAAAGCUAACGGUGUCAGAUAUUCAGGUGACGUAUCUGACCAUCCUAGUCGGAGACUUCAUGAGAGCUUUAACUGUGCGUUUCCUCAACUACUGCUGGUGCUGGGACCUUGAGGCUGGCUUUCCUUCAUAUGCAGAGUUCGAUAUCAGUGGAAAUGUACUUGGGCUCAUUUUCAACCAGGGAAUGAUCUGGAUGGGUGCAUUUUAUGCCCCAGGACUGGUGGGUAUAAACAUUCUGCGCCUGGUGACCUCCAUGUAUUUCCAGUGCUGGGCUGUAAUGAGCAGUAAUGUCCCUCAUGAGAGAGUGUUCAAAGCGUCACGCUCUAACAACUUCUACAUGGGCAUCCUGCUUGUCGUGCUCUUCCUCAGCCUCAUGCCUGUGGUCUACACCAUGAUGACCAUGUCUCCUUCAUUCGAUUGUGGACCCUUCAGUGGGAGAGAAAAGAUGUUCGAUGUGGUAAUUGAGACGAUCCAGAACCUUCCAGCAUUUAUGGCCAAUAUCUUCACCUACGCGUCCAACCCCGGACUCAUCAUAUCUGUCGUACUUCUCAUGGUGCUAGCUAUUUACUACCUGAAUACAGUCUCAAAGGCCUACCAGAAAGCCAACAUGGAUCUGAAGAGGAAGAUACAAAUGCAAAGAGAUGAGGAGAAGAACCGAAGGAACAAUAAAGACAGCACUAAUCAGGUGAUGAAAGACUUGGAGGAUCUUCUGCCCAACAAAUCCUCGAUACCACCAGCACCUGCUAAAGAGGAAGCAGAGAAUUCUGCCCGUCAACCCCCUGCUGGUAAAUCUCCGAAGAUCACUGAAAAAGCUGGAACAGCCACCAAUGGUAAAGGAGUAAAAAUGCAGAAGGACGUUUCAUUGGCUGCUGUGAAUCCCCGUGCACCUGUGACCCGCUCACCAGCCCGUGGAAGAGGACCUCCGCCAGUGUGAUAAGACACAGCACAUACUUUGAAAAGUGAUAUCAGCCAGUCAAGUCUUAUGUGUACAUGUCUUAUGUGUCUAAACAUGAGGACAAAUAUGGCUAGUAAAGCCCUGGUGGAGUUUAUUGAGUAGGAAGUUAAGUGAGGGGGAACAGGUGAGAGUGUCUCCUGGUGCAGAAUGAAGAAUAAAACUACUUAUUUCAGAUGUUCAGUCUUAUCCUCAAAGGGCCAGGUAUAGGGAGGUGGAAAGAAGGAGCCACAACUGAGCCUCAACCGAAGGCCAAGAUGAACUGAUUAAAUUAUUUCAAUUCAAUCUAAUUUGUAUAAAGUCUUUAACAAUAGACAUUAUUACACAGCAGCUUUACAUAUGUACAUUGAUAUAAACAGAUGCAGCCAAACUAGAGUGAAUAGAUUAAUAUACCACCUGUGGUAUGAUUUACUAAGUUAAAGUCUCUUCAAAACUGCAAUUGUAUACAUACAUUAAUACGACCAAGGGGCAUGUAUUAUAUUUGCGUAAGCCUGUUACUGCCAUUUAAAGAAAAAACAAAGCAAUUUAAGUAAUAACAAAAAGUUUCUUGAAGUCAUGACUUAUUUUUGCCACAUUAAAGUUGGUGUAUAUUGUUCACCCCUCUGAUGCCACCAGCAUUCCCACAGAGCUGAUGAAAACGUUUUAUACUUACCUUAUGAAUGGAACACACAGUCAUGUCCAUUCUUUUUGAGUUUUUCUUCAUAGUGUAUAUUUGAACAGAAACCUACAGCAGCACCGGCCCUUUACAGAUAAGGUUGGACACCCUUGCCUUGUUUUAUCUUUCACUGUUCCACUCACUAUAGUGAAAAUGGUGGUGUUGCAAAGUCAAGAAAUACCUCAGUGAUGGUGCAUACCUCAAUACAUAGUGUUAAUCAGCUUUUGGAUACUUCUUGUUGGUUUAUUUGUCUGUUUCAGCUCAGAGGCAAGUUUUAUUAACUUAAAAGUUCAUAAAUUGAUUCCACUUCAGUAAAACAGUGGAAGGGAGUCAGUACUGGUCUUUCACUCUAAACAUCUUUAUUAACAUUACAUCAUCUCUUCUUUUCCCAAGUCCGUAUAGGUUUGUUAGUUUAUUCAAAAUAAUGAAUUGAACUUUAGAGACGUCAGAGAGAUCUUUGAGUUUUGAUGGUAUUCCAACGAGCUUACCUGUCUCAAAGAACUGGCAACAGCACAGCAAUAUUCUUCAACCUUAUGUAACAGUAGGAAGAAAUAAAAUAACCAAAGUAGGCUAGGAGAUUUUUUCUGUUGUGAUCAUUUCAUCAGCCCUUCUGGUUGAGAAAUUUACAGUUUGGCAGUUUUAUCAUCAGAGGGUCCUGGAACCUAAACUGAGAUGACAUUUUUUAAAUUUUAAGGUAAACAUUUAUGUAAGUAUGAUUUAAAGUAGAUUUUAAAGUGUUCUAAAUGUACCCUUUCCUUCAAUCUCUACAUAUUCCCCCCCCCCUUUUUUUUUGCUCCUUCAUAUUUUUUUGUAAUAACCCUAAUUCUAACACCUCCAUUGCUUAAGAAUGAUAAAUUACUCAAAUUAAAAAAAAACAUAUAUAUAAAAAAAGCCUAAUUAAUAAAAAAUAACUUAUAAAACUAAAUCAGAAUGUAAAACAGUUCUAACCAUAGGUAAAUUGCAACACCAUAUACAGUAUGAAAACAUAAAGACAUACACACAUAAAGAGUUUUACACACUAAAAUGGAUCUUUAAUUGCUACUGGUUUUUUAAGUAUAAAGGAUUAAAGGUGCACUAUACCGUUUUUAAUACAAGGUGAAAGAUACUAAAAGUACAAGAUAUAGUAAAUAUCCUUGAGGUUACCACAAUAGUGACAAGGAAAGGUCAAGUUUAGGAGCCAUUUUAUGUUAGUGUACAGACUCCAAACCAAGUAGCAUCUAUUUAUAAUGCAUAAUCCAAAUUGUAUUUUCCAUGAUAUUCAAUAAUCUGGACAAAUUGGCAAUUCAUUAUAUAUUGCCUAAGGGUAGUUGAAAAAGCCCUUUGUUUCCUGUAUUUUUGAAACACAAUCAGUGAAUCAGAGCCUAUUCUGUCCAGGGGCAGGAACACACCCUGGAUGAUAUACGAGACAACUGCACAGCUGUUUAUUAUUGGAAAUUUUUAUACUUCAUUUUACAAAAUAAAAUGUUAUUUUGUCGCCAGAAUGUGUGUCCUAUAUUUGAACAUGCCUUUGGAUACAGGUCACUUUGGUAUGAAGAUUAAGGGCCAUAUUCAGAGUUGAGUAAGGAGUUAAUACUAAAAUUGCACACAUCAUUAUUCAGACCUCAGACACAACUGCAGACUUAGCUCAACCCAGACAGUUGCAUGGGAGCUGUGUGCUACUGAGUUAUUGGCCUGUCUCUGUUAUGUUGCAAUUAUUAUUUUAGACUUAAGCUAUUGUUUCUUCCUUGAUAUUGGCUCAAGUGAGGAGCAGUAUUAAGUCCAGUACUUCUGACAUGUACUGAAAUUCAUGGUUUGGGCUAUAAAACCUCUCAGAAAACUAUGGAAUGCAAUUCAAGGCCAAAAUGUAUUAUUUUAUUAAUAUGACAACUCAGAAGUGUGAUAAAAUAACCUACAUAAUAAUAAAAAAAAACUGCACAUACGUUAUUGUUAUUCAAUUCAGUUAAAUUUUAUUUGCAUGAGAAAAUCAACUUUGUAACCUGACUUAUCCCUGCGUAAACAAUGAUUCUGAAUUUUUGUCGCGGACUCUGGAUAUGGCCCUUAGUUAUUAAGUUCUGAUCUUAGUUUUAAAGUAUAAUGUACAACACCAAAUCUAAACAGCUACAAAUUGGUUUGUCUGCUUUUACAAUACUGUAUUCCUGAUCAAUACAUAUCAAGUGAGUUAAAUGUAUUGUUAUGGCAACUAAUGAAAUAAAUACAGUUCUUGGUACUUGACAGACUUUUAGACAUGUUUGUGUGUGCACCAGUAAUGAACUUGGAGAUGACUGACAGGUUGUUACAAUCGACUGGUUUAGAUUGCACAAGAUUAGAUGGGAUUAAGAUCGGGGAAGUAGAUAAUGAGAACUUUAUUAGGAACCAAUGGUGAAUAAUGAAUUAGUUUUGGUACUUGAGACACUUGAGCGCUAUUUGUAUAUGAAGGUUUAAUUUAUUAGGUUUAUUUAUUAUUAUUAUUAUUAUUAUUAUUAUU